UCUAAAUUUGUGCAUUAUCAGCAUUCAAAUUGUAACUUUCGAUUUCAAUAUCUCAAUAUUGGCCAUUUAUAGACGGAUCUUUCAAACCAUAAAAAUAGUUCUAAUUUUAACCAGUACAUAAAGAGCCAUUACUUUAUCGCAUAUGAUAACAGCUGUUUAAAAAGACUUACAUGCGUUGAGUGAUGCAGAAUUACGAGUUAAGCUUCUUUGGAACAUAAAUGCACAAAAUUGCCAAGCCGGAAUUUCGCAUCGAUUUUCUCAAAUGGCAACCUGCACUGCGUUAAGCUAAAUGAUUGAAGCAUUUUGUUGUCCGACAACUCCGUCAGAAAGUAAUAGCAACCUUUUAGUAAAACAUGGCUUCGAGCAGACUUACCAAAAGAGCAAAAAAGUGAAGGAGGGAUUGAGUUCGUUUUUGCCGCAUUUGCCCGGUGUUUUGGAUGAGCUGGGAGGACCAGAAAAUAGUCUUCGUUCUGUGGUUGACAAGCCUCCUAUUGGUGAAAAGGAGCUUCUUCCAUUAACUGGCCACUCCUUGUCUGGAUUUCGCUUAAACCCUGGUCCAAUUCCUGAGCAGUUUCGCUUUAUGAGUCAGCAUCCAGUGAAGAAGAAACAUAAGCACAAGAAGCACAAAAGCCAGGAAAGUGAACGGAGUAAAGAAGGAGGUGAGGCAGUCAGCCAGGCGUCAAAUCCAUUGGAGCAAGACAAGCCUACUCCCUCUUCUACUGAAAAACCUGAAGUUGUACAUGAUUCGAAGAAACACAAAAAACAGAAAAAGCAUGAAGAUGGUGAACGAAAGAAGAAAAAGAAGGAAAAGAAAAAGAAAAAGGUAACUCACAAAAUUUUAUUCGGGUCUUAAGUUCAU